UCAACUUUUGGGAAAACUAUCAAAAUUAGAUUUUCAUAGGAAAAACUUGAAAACGAAACUUGACCAUGUUGGAGCCUCACAGAAGAUCCCAAUUGAUGUGGGAACCAAUAGACCCCAUACCAACAACGAGAACCACCACCACACGAAGGACCCGUCGCUUGUGUCUUAAUAUUGAGACCAAUGGUGCAGGGCCGCCAAGAUCGCGUAGGAGACGAAGAAGCAUGUUGCCCGAUCCAUACUAUAUAACCUAUCCACCAGGCUAUGAAGCAAAUCCAUGGAUCUAUGAUAAUUGGGGAUCAAAUGAAAAUUUGUAUAGCUAUGGAGAUUUUGUUACGCCAUUGAACCGUCUAUAUGCUGGCGGGGAAUACGAGUAUGCUCCUGAUUAUGGAUUCAUUCCGCCACAAGAGGAAUCCGCACAAAAAAUAUAUUCAGAUCGAACAGCUGUCGGUGGCCUUAAGAAUAUUUUAAUGGGUCUAGAGGGCUUUUUCAAAGAAGAAAAUAAAAUGGAACCGGAAAAUAAUGUGGAACCGAAAUCAACAGGAGCUUCGGAGAACCAGAACCCCCAAAACCAUCAGCUCUCUGUGCUAACUGAUGUCCUAUGUGAUACUAUCGGAAGGUUAAAUAACAGUUUGACAGCUAUGUCCAGAAAUCAUGAACACAUGGAGAUACACAACCUAAGACCACUCCCAAGAGUACCACCACCAGUGCAGGUGUUGCAGUUACCUGUCCAGCCACUGAUAUUACCACCAAGGCUCCCAAGUUCAACCAGUCAUUCGAAUUGUCCAUAUUUCAUACAGCCCGAAUUCUAUCCUAGUGAAAGCAAAACCCACUACGGGCGUUUACCCUUGCUAAAGGAAAAGAAACGGAAACGUCCUUCCAAAUGCGUUACCCAUGUACGUCUACAGAGACGUCUACAGAGUCAGAGUUGUAGUACUGACGACUUGGAUGUACUGCCUAGGAUAUUGGAAGCUUCAAAUUCGCGACUCAGUAGAGUUCCAAUGGCAUCGCUUAGUCCAACAACAAAAGAUGUUUGCACUACAAUGUUUUGUCCAAUGAAAAGUAGAGAAUGUAGGACUCUGAAACAAGAAAAUCCUUCCGAAGAUCUUGUGAUUCCAUCUUCCAUGACAAUAACCGACCGCUUUCCACCUUCCGUCCUCGAGGCCCCACCGCCAAGCAUGAAAUCAGAGGAUGAUUUGGCUAGAGAUCAUGAGAUGGACUUGUAUCAUCCGCCUAGUAAAUCCAUCCAUCAAGCUGGCAUCUCACCGCAAAGGUCUAGUUCCAGUUCCAGUUGUAAUUAUCAUCGUCUUUCCGGUGGCAGUCUCAUGUAUUCGUACGUCGAGGAGGAAAAGGAGGAGCAACUGCAGGUAGAGACAGAGGAGGAGCAUGUGGAAGAGGAUGAGUGGUACCGAGGAGCUAGCUAUAAAUUGGCCCAAUUAGAACUGGAGCAAGAGUACUUUGAGGAAAUGCAGAAGCAAAGUAUAGUAUUCACAAGAGACCAAGAACAGCAAACGGACCAGGAUAUUGCCAGUGUUAAUAGCUCAGUGAAUAUUAGAGUCACCACUGAUAAGGCAGUCAGCACCACCGACAUAAGCGGAUUAACUAGCCGGGAGCCAGUAAAGAUAGUUAGGAUCUAUAAGAAGUCGUCCCUAAAACCAAGGCAUCGGCUUACAAGUAAUAAUCCAAAGGGGAAAUCCAAAGGUAGCAAAAAGGUUAAGUUCGAAAAAAUGCCGGUCGCACCUAAAAUAAUAACCAUUGGUAGGUAUCCAAUGUCUUGUGAGGAUACUGCAAGGUCCUUUAACAGGAAUAUUCCAAAUCGCUCUGAUAGUUCCUCAAAUUCCAAGGCAAAACGGACUUAUCGAAAUCAGACAUAUUAGCCUCAUCC